UUCUCACCCCUCCCAUAAGAAGCGCCACAUGACCUGCCGAGUAGGAAGUGUCGAGCUAGCAGACAUCAACAGCAGCAGCCCUCAGAAAGACCAAGAGAGGAACCGUGAAAUUCCGCUUUUCACAUCCUCGACGUUUCCGUGAAGAUAAGUCGUCUCUGUGUGAACCAGGCUGAGCUGUACGUCGGCCGCAGUCAUGUCCGUGAAGGUGGUGUUUUUCGCCGCAGCUCUGGCGCUGAUUGGCGCAGCAGCCCUGGUAGACUCAGAUGGAUGUGCCAUUUUUAAUUGUGAGAAAUGUGCCACCCAGAAUGACUGCGUGUGGCUAAAUUGCACCACGAGUCUCGGCUGUCACAACCAUACCCUGCUUACUAAUCACACCUGCAGCAACACAAGCUGUUCAUCUGAUCCUUCUUCAACCCCGGCUGCCCCCGUUUCCCCAAAUACAACUGUCGUCCCCACCGCUGCUAACACCACUACUCCAGAUAAUACAACGUUGGUCCCCACCACACCUCAUAGUGGUAACAGUUCCACCUCUACAACUCCAGCCUCCACCCCAGUACUGAGUACCACACCAGUCGCCCCUCACAAGAACUCAACGUUCGAUGCUGCGAGCUUCAUCGGUGGAAUAGUGCUCGUCCUGGGCCUUCAGGCUGUUAUCUUCUUCCUCUACAAGUUCUGCAAAUCCAAAGAGCGUAACUACCACACCCUCUGAAGUGGCUGCACUUUAGGAUCCAGCCUGUUCUAAACAAUUUAGAUCCUCCGGCACGCACCCAUCAGGGUGGACUCAAACAGCGUUUCCAUACAGUUUUAUUUAUUUUUUUUGUAUUCCAUGUCACAUGAUGUUUAGAGCUGUGCAACUCUAUGAUUGAUUUAAUUUUAGCGUGCAUAUCUCGAGUCAAUCUCCUCCGAUGUGCAUCUAGGUCUCAAACAUGUAGAUUACGUAACCAAGCAGCUACCCCCACCUCCAUCGUGCCAUUAGUCAUCCUGCAUGGAGCGUUUUCCAGCAAACUGAGUGGGCUUGUGUUAUUCACAGCCCCUCUUCCAAUGCCUUUCUCAAUUAAACACACCACAUGAGAGAUAAAGAAUUAGUCAUGUAUACACAAAAGCUUUCCUGUUGAUGCUUGAAUAUUUAAAUGUUUUUUUUCUUUUUACCUGUUUUGGAAACACUGCUUGAGCUUGUGUUAAAUGUGGCAACAGAUGAUUGAGGAUUGAUUUUAGUCUGCUAGAUUUUUUUUUUCUCUCCACACAGCUGAUCGGAUGUAAAUAAAAGCAACAAUUAAUCAUCUGAUGUCAAACCUAGGAAAACACAACUAAGUCUUAUUUGAGCGUUGAGUGUUUUCUGCUGUUUGGUCCCUCCUGGGAAGCCUCUGACCCAAUAUCAAAUGCUUAAAAAUGUCAAACGCCAACUGCCAGUAGAGCAGCCCAAUGCAAUAAAUAAUGUAUAGAGCUAAUUUCAGAACCACAAAUCUCCCAGAUCUUUUCUUUUUCCCGAUCUAUAAAUCUCACCAGAGGCUCAUGUGGAGCGCAACCCUUCUCCUGUUUUGGUAUUUAAACCGGGUCAAAGUGAAUUAUUGUAGAAUAUUUCCAUAGUAAUUAGUUUAAUGUGCAGAAGAGGAUGAGGCGGCAUGCACCUUUCUUGAUGUGGAUAGUGAAGUGCCUUUGAUGUCCAGUGUGAGUGAAAACGAGUAAAGGAUUUAGUUUUUCUUUUUAAAGUUUUUUUCCUUGAGAGAAUUAACAGUAUCGUGGCGCUGAUAUUGCUUAGAUUGGUGGUGUACCGGCUGGACUGAAGAGCCUUUUAUCGUUGAAGAAAACAGGAUUUUUUGUCCUUCUGGGGCCUUGUUUGGUUUGUAGGUGCAGCAGAAAGAACAAACGCGGCAGGACGAUUGGGCGAUCACGCUACUAGAGACUUUGGAGUGAAUCAUUUAAACAGCAUUGCCUUCAACUUUGCUACAUCAUGGUUCAGACCUGACUGAAGGACUGAUUUUCAAACCUGAUGUUUAUACUAGGAGAUUGUAAAAAUAUUGGGCUUUAUCUUCAAACAUAAGUUUUUAGAAGAGGCAUAAAUGUAGACUGGGUGUUUUAUUAGGAAUUUCAGCUCUAUUUUAUUGAUUUGUAAUAUAAAGGUGCAGAAUAACAGCAAAGUGGCUGUGUUGAAGCCUAGUCUUCUUACUAGCUAGCACCUAGUGUUUAAUUUUUUUCCGGAUUUCUCAGUUUUGUCCAACCUGUAAAUAGCCAUGUCCUGUUUCUGUCCUGCUGAAAGAAAAGCCAAAUGUUGAUCAGAGCAUUUAACUUGUGGUGGCUCUACUUAUUUUGUAUGAAUGGCUUUUGUUCCCUGUUAGUGCAUGCUGGAUGCUUUUCUCAUUGCAUAUGCAACCAGUAAUUUAAACACAUUCAAAAACCACUUGGUUAUUUGUGAUGAGCCCAUAUUCUAAUGGAAGAAUGCCUUAAACGAUGUAUAUGAAGCCAAAGUCCUGGGUUUUUGGCAUGUCUAACCCUAUUUGUUUAUCUUUUUUUGUACAUGGGUUCUUGUUUAGCUCACAAAUAAAAUCAGACGCCUGUUUAAAUAUUAAGAUUAUGACCGCUAAGCAAUUAAUGAAUGCAGAUGUUUGUUUAUGCUUGCUUAUUUUGAGGUUGCAUGGUUUCUGCUGCAUUAACCUCCAGUCACGAGCAGGAAGACAACAAAUGUCCACCCUAGCUGCACCGUUUUGGUUUGCCUCUCUGCUGCGUGUUAAGUCCAUUCGCACAAACGAAACGCUAUUGAGCGCUCUCUGCUUUCUAGCUGCAUUCUGUAACAGCACGUCGACACCCCGGUGUGUCGCAACACCGCUUGUAUCUGCGGAUGCCUGACGUCCAUCGUGUUGAUCUGCUUGCCUCUCGAAGGGAAAGUGCCUUAUUCAGUUAUCAUCCAUUUCCAUUUGUUGUAAAACGAGAUGCCAUAGUGACUAAACAUCAACGGGACUCGGCACUUUCAGGCUCCUGUAAAGCGGUUUUCUGUGUUCUGCGUAAAUGUGUGUUCGUUGCUCUCAGCCUUAAUCUUUUUGAUCUAUCCCACAGAGCUGUUGCAAAGUGACAAGCUGUUCUGGCAAUGCUGAUGCCACUUUCUGUUUCAGUGUACCGCUUUAAGAUUAAAUGCUGCUUUUAAAGACAAAAAACAUUAUAUGAAUAACAUAUUUCAGCUGGAUGAGUCCAGUUGUAGCCUGAACAGCUUCUGAGCAGCUAUUUGUAAUAAAACACACACACACACACACACGUACACACACAGGUAAAGUAACCACAGACCUCUAGUAUUCUCUAUUUCAACACCCCCACCCCCCACUCCAGUUUAAUCACCGUUCAGUUUUCAACCAGGCAGUGUUGGCCUUGUUUGCCUUGUGGCUUUAUUGCUAAUUGCAUACACUGUAGCGCUGAGUGUUUCUCUGUCCAUUGCUCUUGUUGGUACGACUUCUGACUUUUCCCUCUCACCACUUUAACACACAAACAUAUAUAUAGCCAUAUGUAGACACUGAACAGUGCCACAAUGCCUCCCCUUGAACGGUCUUUACUUCCUUUGUGCCACCCCACUUUUUUGUGCCUCUGAUGCCCCCUGAUUUUUGGCCUUGUUUUCUGGUGUUGCCUUUUAUUUUACAAUGUUAAAACAAUAAAGUUUGAAUACUGUUAAACAAA